GCGGCGGCAGCGGCGCAGACUGGCUAUUGACAUGCACACACUAUCCUCUUGGCAGCAGCUCCAGAAGGCAGAUUUCCCCUUCGAAAAGCAGGUUUACCCUGCAAAGCAUUCCAUCCAGCGGUACCAAUUCCUGAAGCAGAGGAAAAGAAACACGGGAAUCCCGUUUCAGUGCAUGUUUGCCGCGCAAAUAGAAUAAAAUAGGUGGGGUGUGUGUGUGACGGAAAGGGGUGGGAAGAGGGGGGAGAAGAGUUCAGAGCUUCAGUCUUAAGAAAAUGGUAAUAACGCUGAAGACGGGCAGGAACAAAAGGCUGGAGAUACCCCAGCAGCGAGCGUGAAGGCAGCCCUGCUAAAGGGGAGCGAGCGAGGUGAGAACCACCGUAGGACUCCACACCUCCUAGAGAAGUGCAGUAUCCCAGAUUUGGGAUCUUCGAGACCAUCUCGACCCAAAUCCUCUUUUUUACAGAAGAGGAAACGGAGGUCCAGGGAGACUGGGCGAUUGGUACAAAGUCACGCUGGUUAGUUUUACACUUUGGGGCGAAAACCCAGAUCUCCGGACUCCGAGGCUGGCAGCUCUCUACCCACUGAGGUGUCUCUCUUGAACCUUACUCAGACUUUCCCUGCGUCCCCCGGGUUAGAUUUCCGUCCUCGGGGCUGGCUUCAGUUAAGAGUCAGCUGACCAUAAACCCAGGGGUCGCGGGAACGUUACGUUUAUAGGCCAGCCGGGAGGUGUCCUUCCCCCUGUCCCCGGGGAGGGGGGAGCGACUAAGAGAACCGGACCAGUGGAAGAGGAAGAAAGGUGACGAGCCGUAACAUUUGGCACUCUCCGAACACCGAACGGAAUGUUUGAAAAGCGGGGUGCCACUCGGAGGGCUGUCGCCGAGAAGUUGUAUGGCCUUGGGCGAGUCACUUCUAAAUGGGACUCGGUUUCCUUUUAUGUAGAAAAUAGCGUCUGGGGUAAUUUAUCUCUAAGACACAUCGAAUUAAUGUCGAAUUAAAUGUUGAUGAGGAGAAGCGGCACGGGCACCGCUUCUGUGUUCCGCCCCCCACCCGAAUGGGAUCCUCCACACAAUUAUGUCUCCCCCGAAACAAAACUCUUCGUGCUGCGGCCCCCACGGCCCAAGCCUCCCUGCCUCCAUAACAUCCGAAGAAAAUCUACUCCGAGGGGACCAGGCUUUACCCCAGGGUCCUCGGCCAGCCUCCGUCUCCUCCUCCUCCUCCUCCUCCUCCUCCUGUUCCUUCCUCCCUCCCCCUUCUCAGUCCACACCUUUUCCUAGUGCGGUCCCCGAGCUGAACCCUCUAUUCCGCUGGGCUCCCUCCUCCCAACCCAGCUGCUGCGAAGUCCCGGAGAAGUGGAUUUCGCAAACUGUUCCAGCUCCCUUCCUGGAGCCCUUUCCUCCGUGGCUCCAGCGGGGGAGCUGGGCGCGCCCUGCUGCAGGCCUGGGUUCCGAUCGCCAACUGGAUUUUUUCACUGGCCUGUGGGACGCUCACUGCCCCAGGGCCGAGGGCGGGCGUUCGACCAGCCCGGCUACUCCAGACCUGAGAGAGAAAAAACGUUAUCCCGCAGCGCCCGCGGAGAUCCGAGCCCUGACUGGGAGCAGGCGGCCUUGUUCGCUCCCCUGGUGCCUUGCUUCGGUGCACGAAUUCUCCGGGUCGCUGCCAACAGUCCCAAUUUGUUCGCUUACAAAUAGGGAGCGGACAGCCAGCCUUUUGUGCUCCUCACUGGCCAGUGGAUUGAAAAACCCUAGAGUAGCAUGGUCUGAUUGGGAAUUGGAAGCCCACCCGCCCAAAUGCCUCUCUUUAGGAGGGAUUCCCCCUGUCCUAUCCUGAGAUCCUUCUCCGGCUCCUGUCACGUCAUUGUUAGUCAUUUUAAAUUUAGAGAAUAAUCUUCAUCUCUAGAAAACCGUGACAAUUCUGGAUGAUGGGGGGGGGGGGGGGGUUCAUUUCACUCGGGCAUGGUGAUUUCCGUGGGUAGAUUUUUUUCGACAAGAAAGUGUGAACUGAAAGGAAGCUAUUUGCAACUCCCAAAGAAACGGAUAAAAGCUGGGAGCAGAUUGGCUGGAGAAACUUUCUCACAAUGCUUGCUUGCAUCCUGUCUCUUUAGGAACUGGGAGCUGUUGUUUUAUAUCCAGGAAAUCAUUAAGCUAAAGAUUUUCUUUAAAUAUAGGAGUAUUUAAUUAUUUUAGCUAAGUUAAUUAUUUUAGCACAGUACAGAAAGUAGCAGCUUGUCCACUUUUCUAUUUGUGUGACCUUGGGUAAGAUACCUAACUUUGCUGUGCUUCAGAUUCUUAGUCUGUAAAAUAGAAAGGGAGGAUGGAAUUGAACUAAAUGGUUCGAGCCAGCUCUAAAUGUAUGAUGCUAUGAUCUUAUUUAAAUAAAUGUAACUAAUGACACUUUUCUUGUGCUUUUUGGAAUUCUC